GACGGCAUUACCAACAUUAGAGGGUUGGGCGAUGCUUCUUGCUUUCCAUCAUCGAACGUCUCUGUGUUUAGGGAUCUGCUUAUUGGUCAUCAAGCAAGCUUUCUAUCAUCCAGGGCUAUCUCUGCCGGGUCAUGGUAUUCUCGCCAUCACUUUGAAAGUAAGCCAGUGUGAUAGAGCCGUUGUGUUUUUCAUAGACCAAAGCUUUUCAAAAAUCGUAAAAGGAGUUUCGUCGCCGCACGUGAUUGACUCGAUAUAAGCGACGGGAGUCUUUGGUCGCUCUUUCAACACCCUCGUUCCUCCCCAACCCGCUCCCAAUCCCAUUGCGUGUGACUCGAUCGAUCCUGAUCUCCUCCAUCCUGUUUCCUCGUUCCUUGUUAAAUACGGGUCCAACUAGAAGUUGAACCAGCCAUACAGUCGCCAGGAACUUUGGGAUUCAAUUUCUUGGUUCUAGCAUCAGUUCCCAUGCUCUAUUCUCAACAUGGAUCGAUUGCAAAUAGCCCUGAGUCCGAAGAUGGAUGCCAUUGCGGCCGACAAGCUCUGGCAAUUUCAACUCAGGAAAGAGAACAAGGCCCUCCUGGAGCAGAUACAGGAGCAUGAGAGCCGUCGCCAAUUUGAUGCAGCCGAGGCCGACAGGAAGCACAAGGAGAGUGCAGACAGGAUCAUCGCCCUCGAGUCCCGACUUGCCGAAAUCGAGCGCGAGAAGAACAGGGACGAUCAAGUUAGGAAGGAAUUCAUAAAGGCAGAUGCAGCUUUCAAGGCAGACCUGAAGAACUUUCUUGAAGGUCGGCUUUCUGAAGUGGAGUUUCUGGCCAUCACUGGAGGCACAUCUGCAACUGCGUCUGCUACUGUCCCACCAACACGCGAUGGAUCAACUGGCAAUAUGUCUUCUUCAAGAUUUGCGCGCCAACUUAAGCCUAUGCCUGUCACCAUGCUACCAAGCUCAGAAGAUCAGGAACCAGCCAUUAGCAACAAAGUUCCAAGUGGCCAGAGCCAGAAGUCAUCCCGUACUCGUCCGAAGCCCACCAUCGCUCGGCGCCCAGUGACUCGCAGCAGAAACAGGGUAACCGAUUAUCCUACGGGCACCUUAGUCGAAUCUCCCCCUGCAAGACACGAAGCUUCUAGUAUUCCUCGGCUCUCCCAAGGGACAAAUCACGUCAAGACUUACUACAACAACGCCAACGAAGUCUUCAAGGGACUGAACAUGAAUGAGGCACAGUUGGAAGUGGAUUUUGUUUCCGCGUUCAUCAGUGGCAUCACCGAUGGCAAAAUUAAGAACAUGUUGAUUGCCGAGCUGCAGAAGCUUCACCCUUCGCGCAACAGGAAAGAUGGAAGGAUCGAGGUUCUUUGCGAUUGGGAUGAUAUUCCUGAGGGUCUCAGAAAAGCCGGGUUGUUGAGCCCAGCGAAGGAGUCCUCUCGCAGAAAGCAUAGGAUUCUGGGUGACCUGAGUGACCUCGGCUUCUGAGUGGAGCGAGUGAUGAACAUCAGGAGAACGUAUGAGAGAUGUCGAUGGAGAGAAUUGUGGUCCUAGAUUUGGCGAUUUUGGAAGGUAUAUCGUAGCUUUGCAAGGUACUACAGGUUCCUCGCUUGCACUUACAGGGACAUGAAUUAGCCUAAGCAAAGAGCUUCAGCGAACGAUAAUUAUAUGCAUAUUAGCAUUCAGCCAAAUCCUUCAACAGAAAUCCAAACAUAGAGCUCAUCAAAC